CUUGCCUGCCUCGCCCUUUACCUUCCACCUUGCUGUUGCCGGCGCCGAAUCGCGCCCGUAAUAGCCCUAGCCACCGAUUGAAACCCUAGCCGCGCCGCCGCCCGCCGUCGAGGCGUCGACUGUCGAGACGUUACUUCUAGGCUUCUAGCUGGGGUUUUGAGGUGUUUGCAUUCAACGAUGUUUGUCGGGCCAAGGGACAGAUGAGUAUUUUUUUAUUGUUGUUUUGUGGGCUGAAGCAACCAAGAAAUUCCCGAUCAGAUGAUCAUCUAAAGAAAAGAAAAGGAAAGAAACAAGAAGAGCUUGAUCUUCUUGGAGAAGAAGCUGCAUUCUUGAUUAUCGCUCCUAUAAAUAACGGGAAUGGUUUAGUAAGAUAGCAGCGAGUCGGAAAGAUAGCAGAAAGAUGUCUCCACCAGUUAAAGUCAUCGGUGCCUUGGGCAGCACAUUCUCACACCGCGUCGAGGCCGCUCUGUGUCUCAAGGGCGUGCCUUACGAGCUGAUCCAAGAAGAUCUGAACAACAAGAGUGAGCUGCUGCUCACGCACAAUCCCGUCAAAAAGAAGGUGCCUGUGCUCCUCCAUGGCGACCAGGCCAUCUGCGAGUCCCUCGUCAUCAUUGAGUAUGUCGAUGAAGCCUUUGAGGGGCCGCCCCUCCUGCCGAUCGACCCCUACGACCGUGCCGUGGCCCGCUUCUGGGCUGACUUCAUGGAUAAUAAGCUUCUCAAGCCGUUCUGGCUGGCACACUGGACAGAGGGCGAGGUGCAGAAGGGAUUUGCGAAAGAGGCCAUGGAGAACCUGGCGCUUCUAGAGGUGCAGCUUAGGGGGAAGAGGUUCUUUGGGGGUGACACCGUCGGCUACAUCGACAUAGUCUUUUGUUGUUUAGCUCCUUGGCUGAGUGUGAUUGAGGAGGUGACUGGAAUGACUGUGGUAGAUGAAAGCGAGUACCCUGCUUUACGCCAGUGGGAAAAGGAGUACAAUUCCUAUGAAGCUUUGAAGCCGUGCUUGCCAGGCAGAGACCAACUCGUCGCCUACUUCACUGAAAACAAGGAGAAGUACAAAAUGUACGCCAAUGCAUGGGCGCAGCAGUGAUAUAUUUCCUUUGCUGGAAUAACAUAGGCGUGCCUAAAUAAACAUGCCCAUGUCUCAGGCUGAUGGAUUUUGUGUGAAUUCAUAUGCUUAUUGCGUGAUUCGAUGUACUCCCUGCUUUAAAAAUGCAAGAUAUAUUUUGCUGA